GUCACGACCGCACUACGGAACGCCGCUGGUGACUGAGCUCAGAAAGCGCGGACUGCGUGAAACCGGAAUUAUUUGAGCUGUUUUUGUGAAAUGGUUAAAUAAAGCUGGAGAAAUGGAUUGUUCGAGGAGGAAGUUAAGAUCAGGGAAGGAGACGAGCGAGGAGUGGCCUGAGAAUAAAGCCGGACAAACGCUCCCUGAUGGUGCCAGUGCUAUAAAUAAUGGUGAAAGUAUUGAAGCAGUCUCCGUAACUACUUUAGAGGAGAUUAACAGUAGAACAUGUCGUGAGUGUGAUUUCGUGGCUAAGACAGCAACGGCUCUCAAAAUCCAUUUUAAGAGGAAACACAACAUCUCGCAGGCCAAGGUGAUGGCUACGACAGGUGCUGAGGAAGCACACACGACGGAAAACGUUGCAGAGGAUAUGCUUCCAGCAGACCAAACGAAAUCUACAGUGCCCCAUACAGAAGAACUGAGCAGUGAUGCACCCCCUGUAGACCAGCUCAGCAAUACCACAUCCCCUAUAGAGCAGCUCAGCAUAGAUACGCACUCUGUAGAACAACUCAUCUCCACAGCACCCCCUAUCGACCAGCUCACUUCAAGGCUACUUCCCAUGGACCAGCUCAGCGCUGGAGCACAGCGUUUUGAGCGUCUGUACUGCAGGUGCUGCAGUAUUUACACUUGCACUCCAGAGGAGAUGAACGCACACCUGAGUGACGAAUCCCACAAAGCCUUGGCGAUCGAGAAGAACAUUGGUCCGCUGUUUGAGCAGUGUGUUGAAAAAUUGCUUGUCAUUCUAUCAGACAAACAAAACCAUAGAGACGAGCAGAGCGAACAUGAAGAGGGCGACCAUGAGGGUGGCGGAGACGAUGUCCGCGAGACGGAAUCGGCCGAACGCACUUUAGAAGAGUUGGUCGAGGGUAGCUCUUCUCACAAACGCAAACGCGGAAGGCCCAAGUCGUCGCAAGUGAUGACCUGCAGUCACUGCGGCCUCGUGGCCUCCAAUUCCACAAACCUUAGUGUGCACAUCCGCCGCAAACACAGUCGCCUCUACAGCUUCCACUGCAAACUCUGUAACUACUCCUGCGUGACCAAAGGAGACAUGGACCGGCACUGCGAAACCAAAAAGCACAUUAAACGAGUGGAGAGCGGCAGCAACGGACACGAGGCAGUCGUCAUACUAAAUGCUGAGCAGUCACCACAGAGCGGCGAGGCGGGAUUAGCCAAGAAAACAACAAACGACGCACCGAAUUCUACACAGCAAGAAACGUCAAACGUAAGGCAGGAAGAAGAGGCAGAGGGAACGGAAAGCGACGUUCCCUGCAAAAAGGUCAAAUGCGACCUGGCUUACUCGUGCAAUCACUGUUACUUUGUUGCGCAUUCAGCUUUCUCUCUGGCCUUGCACGUGCGCCGCAAACACACACAGGAUUUCGAGUUUGUGUGUUUGGCAUGCAGUUAUUACGCAGUGACGCGCAGAGAGAUGUCUCGCCACACUGCGACCGAGAAACACAAACUUAAACGGCAGAGAUACUUACAAAAACGGCACAGCACACACCAACAUGACAAGAACGUGGAUGAACAUAGUGAUAACACAAGCCAGGUUGAUGAAAACCUCGCGAACCAACAAUUGCACAGCACAGACGGAACGACAGAAAACCCACACCAAAAUCCUGAGUCUGAAGCCCAAGUCUGUGAUGACAAGGAGCAAAACUCGCACCAGAAAACUGAUCCAGAACCAGACACUGGUGAAAACAAUGGUUUGAAUAAUGAUGAAGGAAAUGAUGGAGCAGCGGGAAAAGGAAGUGAAGGUGAGGAAGAGCUGAAUAUUAACUCGCAGCUGAAAUCCGGUGAAGAUACAAAUAGCUCUCAGGACUUACCUGAUGCAUCAAACGCUGAGGAGGAAUACAACGGCGCUGAUGAUGAUGAUAAUGAUGAGGAAGAAGAAGAAGAGGAAAAUAUGUGUGAGACGACUGCGGAAAUUAGUUCUUCUGAGAGGCGCGUGUUCAGAGCAGCUGCGUUCGACGAAUGCGUCUUUUCAUUGAAAGGGCCAACAGACAAUGAGGAUGAUGGGGAGUCGUAUAAAUCCCUCGAUCAGGCUGCAAAAAUGCUAAAAAUGUCAGAGGGAAAUGAAGGGAGCACACGGAUCCGGUGUGACGACUGCGGGUUCUUGGCUGAGGGUCUAAGCGGCCUGAAUGUCCACAUCACCAUGAAACACUCAUCGAAGGCGAAGAACUUUCACUGCCUGUUGUGUGGGAAGUCCUUCCACUCGGACAGCAGCCUGCAGCAGCACUUAAGCAGCUCGGCACACUUGCGCACGGAGCGGGGCAGCGUAGACGAGCGACCCGAUGGUGGCGCCGCCUUCCGCUGUGUGCGCUGUAACGAGCCCUGCAACUCAGAAGAAGAGCUUUUCGUUCACAUCAAGGAGAAGCACGAGGAGCUGCUGCGUGAGGUGAAUAAGUACGUAAUGGAGGACACGGAGAAGAUCAACCGGGAAAGAGAGGAGAACCCUGGGAACGUGUGCAAACACUGUGGCAAGGUGUGCAAGAGCAGCAACUCCAUGGCAUUCCUCGCUCACGUCCGCACGCACACAGGUUCAAAGCCAUUCAUGUGUAAAAUCUGUAAUUUUGCAACUGCGCAACUCGGAGAUGCCAGGAAUCAUGUAAAGAGACAUCUUGGCAUGAGAGAGUACAAAUGCCACCUCUGUGGGUGGGCAUUUGUGAUGAAGAAACACCUGAACACACACUUGCUGGGAAAACAUGGACUAGGCCAGCCCAAAGAGAGGAAAUAUGAUUGUGAAUUGUGUGAGCGGAGUUUUAGUGAGAAGUGGGCCCUUAAUAACCACAUGAAGCUUCACACUGGAGACAAACCUUUCAAGUGCCCUUGGCCAUCUUGUCACUACGCCUUCCUCACACACUCAGCCAUGAAGGACCACUACAGGACGCACACAGGUGAAAAGUCAUUUUUGUGCGAUCUCUGUGGUUUUGCUGGUGGAACUCGACACGCACUAACUAAACACCGGCGCCAACACACAGGUGAGCGUCCGUUCCGUUGUGAUCUCUGCAGUUUCGCCUCGACCACUCAGUCUCAUUUAACCCGACACAAACGUGUUCACACGGGAGAGAAACCAUACCGCUGCCCCUGGUGUGACUACAGAUCAAACUGUGCAGAGAAUAUCCGUAAGCACAUCCUGCACACAGGGAAACAUGAGGGUGUGAUGAUGUACAACUGUCCUCGCUGUGAUUUCUGCACCAAUUCACCGUCCGAGUUCCGGAACCACCUUAAGGACAAACACCAUGACAUCGAGAACCCUGACCUGGCUUACCUCCAUGCAGGAAUCGUGUCGAAGUCGUUUGAGUGUCGGCUGAAAGGACAGGGGUCGUCGUACGUGGAGGCCGACGCCGCCUUCACACCAGAAGAGGGCCGCUUAGGAGCCGAAACACUGCAGCAAGUCAUCAUCAUCCAGGGAUACGAAGAGGAGGCGGAGCUCCAGGCCCCCGAGAUGGAAGAGGCGGAGCUGGAGGAAUCGGCAGCCGCUACUCUUCAGACGCUGGCCAUGUCCUCCGUCAACACUGAGCUACUGCAGGUUACACAAGAUGGGUGCCUUAUCCCCUACACACACAAAAACUACGUCCUGGUCGAGUCGUCAGGCUCGGGAGCGGAGCAAACGUUGCAGAGGGUCGAGCAAGCAUCGCACGAAACCAAUCAGGAAGGGGCGGGCCCAUCCACAGCGCUAGACGCUCUGCUGUGCGCAGUGUCAGAAAUCGAUCAGCAGUCCGGUGCGGCACAGCGCGACAUCAGAACCACAACCGCCCAACAAGCACACGCCCAGGGGGAAGGACAGGAGGCAGUGCAAGUUUACGGAGAGGUGGUCCAAGUGUUGGGCCACGACCAUGAUGAGGUCUUACAGUUCGCUGCCAGACAGCUGAUGAUUAAGGAAGGGUUGACUCAAGUGAUCGUGAACGAUGAGGGAACUCAUUACAUUGUGACCGAAGUGGCCGACAGCAGCGUAUAUACACAGAGCGAAGGGGCGGAGCCUGGACAGGAAGUUGGGCUUGUGGAUGAUGCAGGAAGCCAGACCGGUGACGCUCCAGUCACAUAUGAAUCAGACAGCAUUAAAAAAGAAGCUCAGGAAUGAAUGAUUGUGGCAGGGAUGACGAGUUUAGCUCCUCCCCUUUUGCUAUAUAUGAUACUACUGGCUCCACCCAGUUAAUUAUGUAGCCAGAGGUAAAGCUACUGAUUUUGCUGUGUGAUAAAAAGGAUUAUUUUAUUAUUUCUAAGUAUUAUUAUUAUUAUUAAAUUGAUUAUCGCUUCGGAGGAAUGUUUGGCCAGUGAAGUUGUACAUAGAUGUUUUCCUUUCUGGAGCAUAAGGAAUCUAUAAAUGCAAACGCAAGCAUAUAAAUGCGACUUUUCCAGGUUAAACUUCUGCAAGAUGAUUUGUAAAUUUGCAACAGCAAUUAAAAAACACAUGUAUAUAUUACUUCACAAUUUGGCAUCAUUAAAGAAAUACUUUUAUUAAACUCAUGGAUUAAGUGGGAAUAUGUGGAGGGAGUUAGGUCAGAUUUUAAACCCCCAUAGCUGAGUGGGUGUGAUUGACUGAAAAGCACUUGAGAGCUGAGGGCAAGACCUAGAGCUGCAGAUUGGGGCCGAAGAUGCCUCCAGAGAUCCAGCAAUCCAGAGGGCGGGGUCAUAAUGAAAGCACCAGAGAGUCCAGUAGGUCCAAGGGAGUGGAGUCGGAUGUCAAAACACACACCAAACCAAUUUUUUUUUAUUUCUUUUUUUACAGUCAGCAUUGUAAGGAGCUUUAAAUCAGGAAAGGAAUGUAUGCCAUGUGAAUGUAGAUCAGAUUUAAUUUUUUCUGCUAUGCUUUGUAGAUUUUUGAAAUUCAUGAUAGCGAUAGCAGUGGUUAAAACAAAUGCACAUUUGUUGCGAGUGAAUUUCAAUAAAACAAA